GGGGUGGUUGGGUCUCUGGCCGCCUCCAGCUCGGUGCUGAACAUCGUCCCGUCCACAAAGCGCUCGGGGGCAAUGUAACAGGUCCUCCUCCUGGAGGUGUCGAAGAAGUAAUUGAAGUCGGCCGGGUUGUCCUCGGGCAGUUUUUAGCCUGAACUUUAUGCUUUGUCAGCAUGGUUUUUGCCAACACUUCAGUGCGAAUUGGAGGAUACAGUGUUUCCAGGCACGUCCUUGUCGCUCCUCCCCUGCCAUGUGAAAGCACAAACUUCAGACGUAAUACCAUCAUCAGCACGGGGGGCGGGUUAGAAAAAUGUCGUCAGAUUGCGUCUGAACAAUACCAAAUUGGCUUCUUGACUUUACAUUAAGAGGAGGCAACAAAAAGAAAACUGACAAAAAAGACGGGUUCGCCAACUUUUCGAAGGUGAUUACACAGGAGAGAAGGAUUCAGAGGUUGGAUCUGACUUUAAUGUCGAGUCUGACAGAUAUUUCCUUCAGGACUCGUCUGCACAAUCAGUAGUGGUGCUGCUGAGCCACUUUCGGUGAUGGAUAUUGAUGUUCCCCACCCAGAGUAAAUUCUGAGCCUUUUCCACCCUCAGUGUCUUCUAAGUGGGUGCUCUACAUGGAGGACUACUGCUUCAUUACCUGAGUGAAGCAUCUGGACUUGGUUUAUGGUAAUGAGAAGUCAGCUCUUAUGAUAUACAAUGGAACUCUAUUGGUACAUAAUAGUGAUUAUAUUUAUUAUCGUCAAAAUCUUCUUCUACAUCUGCUGGUAUCGUUCAAGGCAGCGACAACUAGACGCUUAUCUGAGCAAUCCACGGAAUGCCCAGAUAGUGAUUGUCGGAGGCAGGGCCUACCUUCAUCAACUCUGUGAGCGGCAAAAUAGUCCUCUGUGGUAUAGUUGGUAUGGUGGCCAAGAUGACAGCUCGAUUGGAGAACCUUCUGGGUCACUACCUCCUGCUCCUUCUUACAGCCAACUAGAGGUACCACCUCCAUAUGAAGCGGUGUCAAGAGGUCAAACAGAUGACUUAAAACCUCCACCAUAUACAGAAUAUGCAGCCGGAAGUAUUGAAGAAGCUCGUGCCCUCUCUAUACCGGAGGGGUAUGAUGCUUGCAGCUUGAGUGAUGCCCCUCCUCCGUACACCCCUAGCCCAUCGGUCGAGACUGAACAGCCGGAUAAUGUGACACCACCUAAUGCCCAGGAGACGGGCAGUACCACUACAACAGGCUCACCAUGUCAAGUCUGAAAAAGAUCUACCACCUGCGACUUCUGUGGAAAGUUACCAUUCUUUUUCUUCGGAAAAAAAAUCCAAAGCACCUGAAUUUUUCUUUUUUGUUUUGUAAAGAUUUGAUUUUUUUGUACAGUUAAAAGACAUUUACAGUGGUGCACUAUAUAGAACGUAUUGUUCUCUGUUUGCUGCUAUCAGCACUACCUUCUCCCUUUGUAAACAUUAAUCGCACUUUCCAAGGAAGGGCCUAAGGCAAAGGAUGAUACCACAUUUCAAAAGAUUGUACACUUGUCAGUGACUAUAAUGUGCAUGCCCCUGUGCUGGGAGGGUUGGGGUUGCUGGGGCUGGGGGGGCAGAGAAGUACUCAGCCAUGUGACCAGACACUGCCAACCCAGGGAGACUGAGACUAGAAAUUCCAAAAUCUAAGAGGCGCCUCAUGAGCUCGUGGUUACAAAUAAAGAGAAGGCAACAAUUAUCUGGUGGGCGCUAGGAUCAUCUUGUGUUCUAGUGUUAUCAGAGUUUCUUCAAGGUCAUUCCUUGUAUUCUAUACUUUGUGAAGUUUUGGCAAGACUGCAUCAUUUGCCUGGAAAGGAAAUAACCUGCCUCUUGACAACAUGAAUUUUAGAUGAGCGCACAAAAGUGUAGACUUUGAAGAAGACCUUUCUGUCCCAAAAUUAAUUGCUAGUUUCCUGCAAAAAGAGUAUUUUUAUAGUAUUGUAAUUUUUUUAAGCAUUUUGUGUGAUUUGACUUCCCUCCAAGCUCCAUUCCUCAGAAAACAAAACUUUCACCUUCAGUAUGAACAUAAAAAGAUCCAAUUGUCUCAAUGAUUGUGUAGAAAGAAACUAAAUUCCUUUGUUAUGGACUUUCAAAACAAAAGAAAUGUUUGCUAUUUGGCUAUUUGUUUGAAUUGAGGAAUGAUUGACCUGUUUAGUUCUCUGAAUUAUGAGAGUGGAAUUUAUUGCUAAGCCUAAUUCUGGUCAGCCCACAUGCUAUUAGCAUCCUGAAACACUUUAACAUUUUCCCACUUAUUUUAUUACCAGUCUGUAUUUUGGUAAGGCUUUAAAAGCGUGUCCACUCAAACCCCAGAGCCUUGGAAUUGCCUGGAUUGAAUCUAGAUUAUUAGCAUGGAUAUAUAUCCUGUGGUUUUUGUUCAAGUGAAGUGUUAAUCUGAAUCUUCUUCAGUUCUUCAAGCUUUUACUUGUUAUCAAUGUUUUUCUCCCCACACUUUGAACCAACCUCCAAGACAUAUCGAAAGUUUCUAAAUGGGUUUUUCUUUUUUAGAGGUUAUUUAAUUAAAUGGAUAGAUAGCUUUGUCGAUCAUGUUUCUUGUGGAUGAUAUUUUUGAAAGCUCUGAAAUUUAACCUCUUACCUAAAUUACUUUGCUGUAGGGGCUUUCUGUUCUGGGGAGGGUGGCGCUUUCCUUAAUUUUAUUUUUCCAGUUGGUUGAAAUUAAAAUAGAUUUUGACAGUA